AAGCUUUCAUUCAUGCCCGCACACACAAUCUGACCCAGAUAGAUAUGCAUAGGAGGGGAGAGGAAUUUGUGUUUUCUGAUUUAAUCAUGAGUAUAAGAUGGGUUACACUUUGUUGGUUUUUUUUUUUUUUUUUUUCUUUCUACAUACGAUGAGAUAUUGUUCCACUUAUCGAUUGAUCUCCUUGGUUUUGUUUCUCCCUUUCCUUCUCUAAUUUCUUUGUCAUGGCUGAGUUCUUUGUUUUUAACCCGAGUUUCUAGAUUUUGACUUUUUUGGAGGAUGGUUUUUCCUUGAUUUAUUUUGAUUGACUGAAUGAGAUUCCUCAUCUUUGGAGAUGUGGACUUGUGUGGGGAGUUUUUCUUUACCUCCGUCAAAAUGAAAACUUAAGAUUGACUCUGAAAAACAGACUUUUCAGAGUUUUAUUUCACCAAAAAAAAAAAUGACUGAACAAGAACUGCACUAGAAUUGCAUAGUCAAAAACUCUUGGCUUUGCUAGUUUCUCUUGUAAAUUCAAGGGCCGGGUAGGAUCCAUCUUUGGUUCUUGGUAGAAGAUGGCCUUGCUGGAUCCUGGUGUAAAAGAAAAGCUUUUAAACUGUUAAAGUUGCAGUAAAAAUAAUAAACAAUUUAAAUUUUGGAGCACAUCAGAUAUAUAUAAAAUUUAAGAAGAUUCUGUCCAAAAAGACUGCUAUUUAAUGUUUGAAAACUGAUGGUGACAUUAUUGUAUACAGGAAAAAAUUGGUUAGCUUAUAAAGGGGGAAUUCUUCGGUGAUCAUCUAUCUAAUUUGCUCCAGCUAAGGAAUCAUUGAAGGCCAAGUUGGUUAAAUUCUAAGGAGAUUGUAUUUUGGAGAGGUAAAAGUUAAUCAGAAGCAUGGGAUCUUUCAAGGGUCAUGCUUUGCCAGGGACACUGUUUUUUGUAGUUGGGUUGUGGCACAUAUGGGGCUCUGUGGCGAGAUAUGUUCGUAAUCCUAAGGCAUUUGAAGUGAGGGUUUGGAAUCCUGUGCCAGGGUUUGAUGGGAGGCUCAAGCACCUGGAGCUGUAUGUUAUUACAAUCGGUGCUUUCAUUGACAUGUGCAUCGAGCUCUUGUAUUCAACUCACCUCAAGUUUUUUGUUAAUGGGGUCCUUAAUCCUUCUCAUAUGAAUGACUUUGAGCACUCAGGAAUGCUUCUCAUGUUUUUCAUCUUCGGUGUUGUUGCCUUACUUUCCCAAGAGACCAGAUUUCUUCCCUUGCCAGAAGGUGCUCUUUGUUUGAUUGCUGCCUCAGCAUUCUGUGCAGAGUACCUUCUAUUCUACUUCCACUCAACAACACACAAGGGUCUUGAGGGCUAUUAUCACACCCUCCUUGUCUUCCUGGUGGGACUCUGCAUUUUAUCUUCAAUUGCUGGAGCCCUUUUGCCAACAAGCUUUCCAGUGGACUUGUGCAAUGGCAUUGCUAUAGCACUGCAAGGUUUAUGGUUCUAUCAGACUGCAUUUGUUCUGUAUGGCCCUAUGAUGCCAAGUGGUUGCAAGCUUGGGGAGAUGAGUGUCACAUGUCAUUCCGCUGAUAGUGAGGUUCGUGGUGAAUUGCUUGCAAACUUUCAGCUCUUUGUUGCUGUUCUUGUGGUCCUUGUGGGAACUGUGGCAUCAUAUGUCUUUGCUGCAUCAAGAUAUGGGAAGUAUGAAGUUAAGAGUUUGCAUGCAUUUCAGGUUGGAUUUGAUGAGGAAUGAAGCAGUGUUGCUAUUUUUUUUUUCUUUUUCUAGUGAUAGUGGUAAUGUAUUUGGAGAGUAGUUUCUUAUAGAACACGGCUGUAUAAUGAAGUGAAAAGGUUCAUGCAUAUAUGAUCACAGAAAAGUGAAAAGUACCCCAAGAGAAAAAAAAAAGGAUAGAUUUUUGUGGUGACAAUAAUUUUAGGAGUCUGAUGUUAAAGUAACUUUGGAUUGUUUUUCUGAGGUAUAUGAUUACAAAAUGAUUUUUGCUGAUUACA